GUGUCGUUUCAAUAGCCACAACUCGUACAUAGGCAUUUAGAUCGAACGGUUUUCGGAGCGUUUUUGUAACUAUUUUUCGUGAACUUGUGAACUGUGAGCAUUGGCAUUGAUCUCUUAAUCGGUUUCGUCGGGAACGCAUUUUUCUCGACUUUUUUCGUGUUCGCGUGAACGCCAAGGCAAAAUGUUCGAAAAACCGGAGGAUAAAAACACAGAUAUACCAGAUAGUCUCUACGACUCGAAGCUACACCGGACGUACAAGCGUUUGCGGUUCUUUGGAAGGGGCGGCUUUGCCAAGUGCUACGAAAUCAUCGAUGUGGAGACCGACGAUGUUUUUGCCGGCAAAAUCGUAUCAAAGAAGCUGAUUAUCAACAACCACCAGAAGGAGAAGAUGGUUCAGGAGAUCGCCAUUCACCGUAGUCUCAAUCAUCCGAACAUAGUGAAGUUCCACAGCUAUUUCGAGGAUAUCCAGAACAUAUACAUUGUCCUGGAGCUGUGCAAGAAGCGGUCGCUGAUGGAGCUGCACAAGCGCCGCAGAAGCAUCACGGAGUACGAGUGCCGCUACUACAUUUACCAGAUCGUCCAAGGCGUCAAGUAUCUGCACGACAAGUGCAUCAUCCAUCGCGACUUGAAGCUGGGAAACCUGUUCCUGAACGAUAUGCUGCACGUGAAGAUUGGCGACUUUGGCCUGGCCACACGCAUCGAGUACGAGGGCGAACGCAAGAAGACUCUGUGCGUCACCCCCAACUACGUUGCCCCAGAGAUUCUCAACAAGAAGGGGCACUCGUUCGAGGUGGAUAUAUGGUCCAUUGGCUGCAUCAUGUACACUCUGUUGGUGGGCCAACCCCCGUUCGAGACCAAAUCGCUGAAGGACACUUACUCAAGGAUCAAGAAGUGCGAGUACCGUGUGCCCACCUACUUGCGAAAGCCCGCUGCGGAUAUGGUGAUCUCCAUGCUCCAGCCGGACCCCAGCUGCCGUCCAGCCAUUGGCCAGUUGCUGAACUACGACUUCCUGAAGGGCUCGAGGGUGCCAACGUCCUUGCCAAGCUCUUGCCUGGCCAUGGCUCCGCGCAUUGCCCUCAACGACACCAUCGGGGACCCCACUCAUCGCCAGCCGCUGAUGCAGAUGAACGGCGUUAGGGUGGAGGCCAACCUGCACGACACCAUCACUGCUUCAUUCCAGCUGUGCCGCCACAACGAGGACUACCGCAGCGACAUUGAGAGCUUGCACCAGCAGCUCACCCAUCUGAUCAACAAGAAGCCGUGCCUGCUGCCAGGCAAUCUCGGGGACGAGAAUACCGAUCCUGCGGCACAGCCGCUCUUCUGGAUAUCCAAGUGGGUCGACUACAGCGACAAGUACGGCUUCGGCUAUCAGCUCCUCAACGAGGGCAUUGGCAUUAUGUUCAACGACACAACCAAACUGAUUCUGCUUCCCAAUCACAUCAACGUCCACUAUAUAGACAAGGACGGAAAGGAGAGCUACAUGACAACGAGCGAUUACUGCAAGACGCUGGAAAAGAAGAUGAAGCUGCUGUCCUACUUCCAGCGCUACAUGAUCGAGCAUCUCGUGAUGGCUGGAGCCGACAAUGUGAACAUCGAAGAGGCCCUGAACUUGAAGAGAGCCCGAGGUGGCUGUGGGUGAUGUGUUUCCUUUUUAGAGAACUCUCACCGUACCGCACCGACAGAGGCACACGAAAAUGAAUUUGCGCACGAGACGUUAUAUUAUUUUGAAUGGCUGGAUGGCCGGUGUUCAUGGGGAAGAGCUGGUGUAACCAUUGUUUAUAUAUUUACAUACAUACAUAUAUGUUUAUGCUAAUGAGUUCACACCAAAGUCGAAGAUAAUCAGCGAUUGCCUUGAUGAUUUAUUGCAGAAAUACGACCGCCCUCGAAGAAGGGAUCCCCAGUGAUAGUAGACUUUAGCAUAUUUGUUGUAGAUAUUAACUCAAUUAACGUAGAGGAUAUGGACUUUAGAGUAGACAUGUUUAUACAUCAGUGCUGGCAUGAGCCACGACUGGAGAUCCCCGACGACAUCUUCGAGGAGGGCGACGACUAUGUGACACUGCUUCCAGAAGUCUUUGAGAAUUUUUGGCAGCCGGAUCCGUACUUUCUCAAUUCGAAACUUGCCGGUACGUUCUUCAAACUUUAAAUAAUCAAACUCCAUGUAUGCCUUUGUGUGUGCGUCUGUAGGAUCUGAAACAAUUCCCAAUCGUGCACUUUGUCCAGCCGACAACCUC